CGAAGAGUUUUUCUCAUUUAUUGAAAUUUGACUUUUAGCAUAUCACAAGGUUAUUAAAGUCUUAUUUCAACUCACCUUCAGUUAUUCGUUAGAAUACUUCAAUAUUUCCAAAUUUCCGAUUUUCAUACGAAAAACGAUGGCCAAGUACAAGGUAGUGAUGGUCAGACAUGGUGAAAGUGAAUGGAACCAAAAGAACUUGUUUUGCGGAUGGUACGAUGCUUCGUUGAGCCCUAAAGGUGAAGAGGAAGCAGCAAACGCCGGUAAAGCAUUGAAACAAGGCAACUACAAAUUUGACCUGGCCCACACAUCUGUGUUGAAGAGGGCACAAAACACUCUGGGGUCAAUAUUGAAAGAGCUUGGCCAAGAAGACAUUCCGAUAUCAAAAACUUGGCGUUUGAACGAAAGACACUAUGGUGGCCUUACUGGAUUGAACAAAUCUGAAACUGCAGCCAAAUACGGCGAAGAACAGGUUCAAAUAUGGAGACGUAGUUUUGACACUCCCCCACCGGCCAUGGAUACCGACCAUGCAUACUAUGAUCAAAUCGUAAAUGACCCUCGCUACAAAGAUGAACCUUUAAAGGAGGAGUUUCCUAUGUUUGAAUCAUUGAAAUUGACAAUUCAAAGGACAUUGCCCUAUUGGAAUGAUGUCAUUAUUCCCCAGUUAAAAGAAGGAAAACAAAUAUUGAUAGCUGCUCAUGGAAACAGUCUUAGAGGAAUAGUCAAACAUUUAGACAAUUUGACAGAAGACCAAAUCAUGUGUCUUAACUUACCAACUGGUAUACCAUUUGAAUAUGAAUUAGAUGAGAACUUUAAACCUGUUGUUUCAAUGAAGUUUUUGGGUGACGAGGAGACUGUCAAAAAAGCAAUUGAAGCUGUUGCUGCCCAAGGCAAAGCAAAAUAACUGUCGAAAAAGAAUAAACUGAAAUUAACUAAAAAAUAAUUUAAAUACUUAUUAGUAGCAUAACAUUUAUUUAAAUGUAUUCUUUAUGUCUUAUGUUAUUAAAUUAUUUAUCCAAAUAUUAGGUAACUAUAAAAAAAUUUUAAACACUACUUAGUGAUAGUAUACAUAUUGUUUACAGUGUAAAAAUGUUGAAGUAUCAUAAAUUAAAAUUUAGUGAGUCUUGAAUGUAA